AUGAAACAAAUUAAUCUAUAUAUCUUUUUCAGUUUGGAUGGCAUCCUUGGGCCACUUAUCUAUGCCCCGGGCUCUCAGAUCGCCUGGGACGAUAACUACAUCGACAGAAUCAGUCGUUACUACACCAUCAUGUUCCUUCUCUUCUUCAACAUAUAUGUCGUCACGGAGGAGUACGUCGGCAAACCGAUCUACUGCUGGUGUCCGCCGGAGUUUACCGACAACGAGGUCAAGUACAUCAACGACCUCUGUUGGGUGUCGAACACGUAUUAUCUCCCCUUUGACAUCCAAGUUCCUGCUCAUCUCCAGGCCCGGAAAGACGAGUCCGAUGAAAUCACAUAUUACCAAUGGGUGCCACUGGUUCUGUUUUUGCAAGCUUUGAUGUUUUAUCUACCAAGACUUAUAUGGAAAUUAUAUGCAACCCGAGCAGGCAUCGAAGUGAAGAAGAUGUGUAUACUAGCAAAGUUUAGUAUUGAUGUAUUUCCGGAAGACCGGGAACAAAGACUCCGCCAUAUUGCUUCCUAUUUGGAUGCUUAUGCUGUGAAUACGAAACAGUUUCGAGGAGGAAUAUGUUCAUCAGUUCGCGAAAAAUUCGCCAAGCACAUCCGCUUUGGGUGUGGAAGGCAUUUUGGGAAUUUUUUCAUAACACUGAAUAUCCUAGUCCGUUUUCUCUACUUUGCAAAUGCUUUUGGACAACUGUUCAUGAUGAAUGAGUUUCUGGGAAAUAAGUUUUAUGUAUUUGGAAUAGAAGUUGUCCAAGCUUUCCUAGCUGGAUUAGAUUGGACCAUGUCUCCAAGAUUUCCGAGAAUGACGCUGUGUGAUGUUGAUAGAAGACAACUUCAGAACGUGAAUAGGUACACCUUACAGUGUGUCAUACCAAUCAACGUAUAUAACGAAAAGAUAUUCCUGUUUCUGUGGUUCUGGUUCCUCAUUAUAUCCGUACUUAGUUUUGUGAAUUUGUGUGGGACAAUAACCAUAGCUGUUUUGCCACAUUACAAAGAGACGUUUAUAAUGAAAUACUUAAAAAUGGCUAAACUCUACGACACAAAACUAAGAAGUUCUCAAAGAAAAAUCUGUCGAAGAUUUAUGAAAAGAUAUUUAACGCAAGAUACAGUAUUUGUGGUAAAAAGGAUUUCCGAUAACGCUAACACUGCCGUGACUACGGACGUUGUCAUGUAUCUGUUUUAUAGGUUUUUAAAUCGAGAAAAGAAACGAACCGGAAAUGACAAUAUACUCAAGUUAUUUCCGCCGGAACCGGCAGAAAAAUUCAGUGAUGGCGCCCGCGGUGGAGGUCAGAAAAUGGGUGGUGGGGGCGGUGGGGGAGGAGGCGGUAAAAGAAAGAAGAAAAGGUGA